ACCCCAAUUUACCAGUUGCCUCAUCGGGGCCUGCCAGCAUCAUGUGUCCAGAGAUCUUUCCAUCACCAAUCACGGACGCUUCGCCCAAUCCUAGCCACGGCUGCCGUUCCCCCGCCUCGCCACAUGCAGAAAUCUCGUUCUCGUCACGCAUCGCUCACCGGCUUCCCCCGGCAAAAGGCAGGCCGGCCGGCCACCACCGCGCUGCGACGAAGCCGGCACAUGCAUGCUACUCGCUAGGGGUCUAGUCUACUACUACUGCUGCCAUACCACCACCUGUCUGUUCUAGUUCUAGCACCCGCUUCGUUCUCCCGUCCUCACGCACGCCCCCCCGCCUCUCCCGAGGCUUGUUCGGUGCCUGCGCGCCCGCCACCGCAGCGCCCGAGCAAGCCGCCCGCCGCCCGGCCGGCUGAGCCAGCUGAUCGGUCGGCGCGAGGAUGUCCGCGUCGCUGCCGUUGCCGCUCGCGGUCGCGGUGAUGCUGGCGGCGGCGGCGCUCCUCCUGUGCGGCGGCGCCGAGGCCCGCGUCCUCCUCACGCUCGACGACUUCGGCGCCGUCGGCGACGGCAUUGCCAACGACACCCAGGCUUUCGUGGACGCGUGGGCCGCGGCGUGCGCCUCCAGCGAGCAGGCCGUCCUCGCCGUGCCGGUCGGCAAGGCCUACCGGAUCUGGCCGGUGCAGCUCUUCGGGCCCUGCAAGAAGAAGCUCAAGCUGCUGAUUUCUGGCGCGAUCGUCGCGCCGGCGAGCCCGGACGAGUGGGCGGGGCGGGACCCGAUGAAGUGGCUCUACAUCUACGGCGUCGACGGCCUGUCCGUCAGCGGCGGCGGCACCAUCGACGGCUCGGGGCAGCAGUGGUGGGCGAGCACCUGCAAGCGCAAGAAGACCCCGCCUUGCUACUCGGGUCCUCGUCCAAAGACGGUGCACUUCGAGGAGUGCAGGGGCGUGAGCGUGCAGGGCGUGACGCUGCAGAACGGGCAGCAGUUCCACCUGACCUUCACGCGCUGCUCCGACGUGAGGGCCAGCUUCCUCCGGGUGAUCGCGCCGGCGGACAGCCCCAACACCGACGGCGUCCACCUCAACGACACCUCCCACGUCCAGAUCACGGACAACCUCAUCUCCACAGGUGAUGAUUGCGUCUCCAUGGUCGGCAAUUGCUCCGACGUCCGUGUAACAGAUAUCUCGUGCGGGCCUGGCCAUGGUAUCAGCAUCGGAAGCCUCGGCAAGAACCGGACCACCGACAUGGUCGAGAACGUGAGGGUCGACACCUGCUUGCUCACCAACACCACCAACGGCGUUCGGAUCAAGACCUGGCAGGGCGGCAUGGGCUUCGCACGGGACCUGCGGUUCGAGAGCAUCGUGAUGAAGAACGUGUCCAACCCUAUCAUCAUCGACCAGUACUACUGCGACCAGCCCACGCCGUGCGCGAACCAGACGCGGGCGGUGGAGGUGCGCGAGGUGGGGUUCGCGGACAUCCGGGGCACCUCGGCGACGGCGAAGGCGAUCAGCAUCGCGUGCAGCGACGCCGUGCCGUGCCGGGACCUGGAGCUCAAGAACGUCAACCUGACGCUGGAGGGCGGCGGCGGCGGCCGGGCCACCGCGUCCUGCUACCGGGCGUACGGGAAGAGCGCCGGCGCCGUGGUCCCGCCGUCCUGCCUCGCCAAGCCCACCGCCUCCUGAUCUGAUCGAAAAGACGCCGCCGUUUGCGGGCACAGGGUUGCCUUCGCUUUUCCUUCAGUCAGCAGCUCUUGUCGCAGCGAGGCAGUGACCGAAGCACGUAUGCGCGCAUGAUUGAGAGCUUUGCAGGUUCAUAAGCUGUAGUCAUACCGAAAUUUGUAGACCGUACACGCCAUUGGUGACGAGAGGGAAACAGAAAAAGUGAAAGGAAAUGAAUACUUUUUUUUUAGAAGAAGAAAUGGAUGCUUUUGUCAAACUUAGCAUUUUAUUGCA